GCCGAAGGAGACAAUUUUUCCUCACCGCAAGCCAUCACCAGUGAUUUUCGAAGAAGCAUUCGUGCGUGCUCGCAAUUUGGGGUGGACUGAUGGUGCUUGGUGGCACGUGGGUGACGACUUGGCCAUUGAUGUGGCAGCUGCAUCACGGCUAGGACUCAGGACCGUUUACGUGGACCGCCCUGAACGUGUGGAGAAUCGCUUUAGCUUGACAUCUGCCGAGAAGCUUGCGGCAAGGCAAGCUGAAGCUGAUUCAGAACCAGACCUCACCGUUUCGAGUCUUCGGGGUUUGGCUGACAAGAUCCAGUGAGCCAGUUUGCUGACUUAGGGCAGCGAAAUUGAGCUGAUGCAAAGACUCAUCAGCAUUAAGAUGCUUUGCCACCAGCUAGUGCGUAUGUGCCUGGAAAA